UAGGCGGGAGCGUCUUUGCUAGUGACAGAGUUGAGCUGAGAGCAUCAAGAUGGCCUCCGCGGUGUUGCUUCUGCUGCAGCUGCUGCUGCUCACCUCCCUGGUGUCGGCGUCUCAUCACUGGGGAGGAACCACCAGCUUCACCUACAAAGGAAGGAACCCUGAUGGGUCAGUUAAGAUGUCCCUCCGAACCAGAGAUACUUAUGAUGCCUGUUAUUAUAACCACUACUGGUAUUGUUACGGUAGCAACUGCGGCCAUGCAAACACUCAAGUCAGAACUCAAAUUGACACAAGCACCAAUACUCCAUCCUACGAAAGCCAAUGGUGUGAGUCAGAAACAGUUGAGACAUGGACCAUCCCCAGUGACAAACCUUUCAAUCUCAGGGCAGCUAGCUGCUGCUGGAUCGAUACACGUAACUGGGUUAGUAACUGGUACUUGGAUUCUCAAGUGGAUUUUGGAACGAGGUCGGACACAAGAAAACCAAAUAAAUUACCUGAUAUUGCCAUUGUCCCCUUCUUAAGAGUUCCUCAGAACUGCCCAAGAACGUACAGGCUGGCUGCCUUUGACCCUGAUGGCGACCGAGUCCGCUGCAGGUAUGGGAAUAACCAAGGAUACGAGUGUGACAACUGCCAUCUCCCCUCAGGCUUCCAGCUUGACCAGGAUUCUUGCACUUUACACUACCAGCACACCAAUUCCGACUACAGAAUCUUUGGAUUUGAGAUGGUGGUAGAAGAUUACGCACGCGGCACUAUCGACUUGUUCUACUCUGAUGGAUCAAGUGUUCGCAAGUAUCCACUGCCUUCAAGGACGAAGAGACAAGCCUACACCACCACACCACCAACCACCACAAACAACCCCUGGUCGUGGUGGCAGCCUACCACUGCACCCACAACUACAACUGCAGCUCCAACAACAACCUGGUGGUGGUGGCAGACUACCACAACACCAACUACAACAACACCCUGGUGGUGGUGGUGGCAGACUACCACUACCACUGCACCCACAACUACAACUGCAGCUCCAACAACAACCUCAUGGUGGUGGUGGCAGACUACCACUACCACUGAACCCACAACUACAACUGCAGCUCCAACAACAACCUGGUGGUGGUGGCAGACUACCACAACACCAACUACAACAACACCCUGGUGGUGGUGGUGGCAGACUACCACUACCACUGAACCCACAACUACAACUGCAGCUCCAACAACAACCUGGUGGUGGUGGCAGACUACCACUACCACUACCAUUGCACCCACUACAACUGCAGCUCCAACAACAUCCUGGUGGUGGUGGCAGACUACCACAACACCAACUACAACAAGUAACCCCUGGUGGUGGUGGUGGCAGACUACCACUACCACUGCACCCACAACUACAACUGCGGCUCCAACAACAACCCCAUGGUGGUGGUGGCAGACUACCACUACCACUGCACCCACAACUACAACUGCGGCUCCAACAACAACCCCAUGGUGGUGGUGGCAGACUACCACAACACCAACUACAACAACACCCUGGUGGUGGUGGCGGCAGACCACCACUGUUCCCACAACAACGACACAAAGUGUGAGCAGUACUCCCCUUAGUAAGCAACCUCUGCAGUUCUCUUUUCUAGUGGAUCCGCCCAUUCCCUCAUGUCAGGAGGGUCUCUACCUGCCUAAAUUUCAGUCUCCGACGCCUUCACAUGGAACACGGAUCAAGGCUGAGGUCAACAAAGAGAUGGAGAUCAGAGUCAAGGCAACUGCAGUAUAUUCAUCAAUCCAAAACAUCAUCUUCAGUGGGCCAACAAACGUCACCAAGCACAGGGACACCAAUAAUGACUUUAUCAUCAGGUGGACACCAACUGAAGAUGACCUGGGAGAACAAUACCCAAUCUGCUUUGUGGUGGAAUCAGUGAGCUGGAACUCUGCCUAUCAGUCUGAGAUGAGGUGUGUUCUGGUGGAAGUCCAAAAGCAUCAAGUUGAAGCCACAGUGACCUGCACCGAAUCCGCAAUGAAGGUUGAGGUUGACAAAGCUUCCUUCUUUGGACUCCAGGAGAAUCAUCUUCGCCUCAGUGACCCCAGCAACACCGUCUGCAGCCUCCGCAGGCACUCCAACCACACUCACAUCGUCGCCAUCAUUCCCCUCAACCAAUGUGGGACUCAGAUCGAGGAAGACGAUGACUACCUCAUUUUCAAGAAUGAGAUCACUACGGGGAGUGAUGACCAAAAUGCUCUGAUCACCAGGAAGCAUCUGGUGGAGGCCCGGUUCUACUGCCAGUACCCCAAACGGGGGAAUGUGACGCUGAGCUUCAAAGUGCACAGAAAGACCGUCACGGUGUGGGAGAAAGGCUUCGGCACGUUCACAUACCAGCUUGAGUUCUACCAAGACAAUCAGUUCGGCGCCAUGUUCAGCCCAAACUCAUACCCACUGGAGUACGACGUUGGAGACAGGAUCUACAUGCAGCUGGACGCCAGCUCCUCUGUCAACCACACCGAGAUGUUUGUGGAGUCCUGCAGAGCUGCACCGUAUGACAACCCCAACUACCAUCCAACCUACUCCAUCAUUGAGAACGGGUGCAAUGUUGACCCGACUGUGCAGAUCCACUCCAGCCCCAACGACAGUAAGUUCAGGUUCAGCAUUGAGGCCUUCCAGUUCAUCGGACUGCAUGAUCAGGUGUACAUCAGCUGCACAGUCAUGAUGUGUGAAGCAGGAAACCCCAACACCAGGUGCUCAAGGGGAUGCAACAACUCCACCAUACACAACUUCCGCAGAAAGAGAGAGGCUGUAAUCGAGAGCGGAAAGCACUUCGUUUCCCAGGGUCCUUUGCGUCUGAAGCGUGAAGCGGACCCCAGAGGGGCCUCAGCUGUCAACCUGAACCUGAACCUGAUGUUUGUGGCUGGAUGUCUCCUUGCUGCUGUUGGGAUGGUCUGCGGCGUGAUCAUCUACAAAACCAAAACCUCCAGGGUCAAAUACCAACCUCUGCCUGUACAUGAAAACUGAAACUGGAACAUUUGGUGUAAUGUGAGAUCUUGGGUGUUUUUGAAGUAAUGUAAUUUUCUAAACUAAUGUAGAUGCAAACAGCUGAAUAAAUUACCAGUUAUGUUUUUUGAUGCUGAAGAGAAAGAUCCAGCUGGAAAUAUAAAGUUCUUCUUAAGCAAAACUGGAAGAAAGUUCUUCACUUGGUUGCUGACGUACUGAAAAUAUACCGUUUCCUCCUGCUCUGUAAUGCACUAUAUGAUGAAGGUAGCACAGAUUAAAUGUUUGUCUGUUAUAAUUAGUCAGUUUUGAACUCAGUUGCCUCAGUCAUAUGUUACUUUUUAAAAAAUUAUUUCUAUCUUUUUAUGUUCUUUCCUUUGUUUAAAGGUGGAUUUGGUAUUUCUAAAUGGCUCAAUAAAAAGACUCUCAAAAGACACAAAA